GCAGUUUGCAGCUACCACUCUUCAUAUCACAUACAGCUACAGAGUUGCGGCAUAACGCAGUCACGAAAACAGGAAAGCGCGUCGGAAUUGUCGACUUGCGAUAGCGGUUCGUAGCUCGGGAAGCAAAUCGCCGAUAUGACGCAAGGGUCCAACGGGGCCGUCACCAAUGUGCGCGCUGACGCUUCAACACAAUCGGCUGAUGACGGGGGCGGAAAGAAAACCGAGUCCGGUCGGCUUCCAGCGGUCGUGGUGUACCAUGACAUCUUCAACCUGGCAUUCAUUUUCUGGCUCAACAUCGCAAACUUCCUCUUCCUGCACACGGGGCGGCACUUCUACUUAUUCUUCUACUCGACAAUGGUGUACUUCGUGGCAGACCUGCUGUACGUGGCGAUCGUGCCGCGGUCCGUCAAGUCGCCCAUGGUCAUCCUCAUCCACCACGUCAUCACAGCGCUCUACCUGCUGAUCCCCUACCACUAUCCCAACUACGGUUGGUGCAUGUCGUACUGUAUGUUGGUGGAGAUCAACACGUGGCUGCUCAUAGCCAAGCGCACCAUCCGCAUGCCUGUGGUGACCAAGCUCCUGGAGGCGGGCUUCUACAUCAGCUGGGUGCUGCUGCGGAAUAUCUUUUACCCGUACCUGAUCUUUGUGUUCUACCGGUUGUGGCAGAACGAGACGCGCAUCAGCGGGACGCCGUGGAACGCCAUCGGCAUCACACCCAUCUUCCAAGUGGCGCUCACCGGGCUGAACUACUACUGGACGCUGAGCCUUGUGAUGAAGCCGUCCAAGAAGAAACAGCUUUGAGGAGGGAAGGACUGCCGUGGAGGGCUUGAUGGGGCUUUGGAUGUUAAGCCUGCACUGUUGAGGGGGUCGAAUGCAAGGAUGGAUUCAAGGGCCGCUGCACAAAACCGGCACUCAUGCCGCGCGUUGUCACGCGUCAACGCUUGUUCUGAUAGCAAACAUUGCUUUUUAUAUUACAUAUAAUGUUCGGGAACAUGCCACAUGAAAACUUGAACUGAAGCUGCGUGACUUGACGGAAGACUGGUCAAUGAGGUCCUGCGACAGUUUAUCGGUCAAUUGUGUAUUGCCAUUAUACUAAACGUAGCAUACAAGUGCAAAUCUGGUUUCGG